AUGCCCGUGCCCAGCCUCGAGAAGGGCGAGGUCGACCACCGCGAGUUCGACGAGUCGCGCGACGACUGGCACGGCGAUAUCGACCAUGGUUUCGACCCGGCAUUCGUCAAGCACACGCGCAGGAAGAUUGACUGGCGGCUCAUUCCUGUCCUCGGUGCAGUCUACUCCAUCUCACUCAUCGACCGCAACAACCUCUCGUUUGCUCGCGCGGCCAACAACCUCCAGAUGAUGAAGGACCUUCAAAUGACCACAGCCAACAACGGCUACGGUAUCGCGUCCCUCGUCUUCUUCAUCCCCUACAUUCUGCUCGAGGUGCCCUCGCAGAUGGGUCUGCGCAAGUACGGCGUGCGGCACUGGCUCGGUGCCGCCGUUGUUGCGUGGGGCAUCGUAACGAUCGGCAUGGGCUUUGUCAAGAACCGCCACGGCCUCGCGGGCCUGCGCGCCCUCCUCGGUGUUUUCGAGGCCGUCCUCUUCCCCGGUGGCUCGUUCCUCAUUUCCUGCUGGUACCCGCGCCACGAGAUGGCGCAGCGCAUGUCAUGGUUCUACUCGACCUCGAUCGCCGUCACGGGCUUUGCCGCCAUCCUCUCGUGGUGCAUGUCCCACCUCGACCUCAAGGGCGGGCUGCGCGGCUGGUCGUGGAUCUUUGUCAUCUGGGGUCUCGUCACCGUCGUCGUCGGCGCCGUCGCAUGGGUCUUCCUCGUCGACUUCCCCGACAAGGCAACAUUUAUCACCGAGGAGCAGCGCCACUGGGUCAAGACCCGCAUCAACCGCGACCGUGGCGACGCCGUCGCCGACAAGAUCACCUGGCCCAAGUUCUUCCGCUAUGCCGGCGACCUCAAGAUCUGGCUCUUCGCCUACAUCUUCAUGGGCACGACCCUCGGCGCGUACCAGAUCGCCUUCUUCCUCCCCGCCAUCCUCGCCAGCAUGGGCUUCACCAACAUGGAGAUCCAGCUCCUCGUGUGUCCCGUGUACGUGUGGGCCGUCGUGCCGGCCAUGAUUUCGGCGCGCCUCUCCGACCGCUUCCGCGUCCGCGGGCCCGUCCUGCUCGCCAACAACGUGUGUCUCGUCAUCGGCGCCACGAUCUUCUGGAAGCUCCCCCUCACGCAGAAGGGUGCGCGCCUCUUCGGCGUCUUCCUCGCGUUCGGCGGCAUCACCGCCCUCAUCCCCAUGAUCGUGUCGUGGAGCCAGACGAGCGUGCGCCGCCAGUCCAAGCGUGGCUUCUCGUCGGCCCUCGUCGUCGCGUUUGGCGGCGUUGGCGGCAUUCUCGCGUCCGUCGCGUUCAUGGAGCGCGAGGCCAAGGCCGGAUACCCUACGGGCAUGACGCUCUCCAUCGCCCUCCAGUCGUCCAACGUCGUCGGCAUCCUCGGCCUCAUGGCCUGGUUCAAGUACCAGAACGGCCGCGCCGACCGUGGUGUCGUUGUGCUCGAGGAGUCGGAGAGCUUCCGUUACCAGCUCUAA